AUGCUCCCCGUAGGCGCGAUUUUUUCCCUCUACCCUACCCUGGGGGACCCCCCCCUGGGUCCUGAUUCAUGUUCUCGAGCUGUCACUGCAGAUGCUUGUAACGAGGAUCGCUGGUGUGCUUGUAACGAGGAUAUCUGGUGUGCUUGUAACGAGGAUGGGUGGAGGCUGGUGGCGAGUGCGGCAGAGGACGGAUCGGGGGCGAUGGGCGAGCAGCAGCUGUGGCAGGACCUGGAGAGGGUGGGAAGGGGCGAGGGGAAUACGGAGGGAGGAGAGGGAGGAGCGGGAGGGGAGGGAGGGGAGGGCGAGAAGGGAGAGGGGGAGCAGACCGUACAAGGUGGCUUCCCUGGAGUCUUCGCGCACCUGUGGGACGUGGAUGCUUCUGCUGUCGCUGCCCUGCUCUCCCAGGUGCGCCCUACACUCCCAGGUGCGCCCUACACUCCCACACUCCCAGGUGUGCCCUGCCCCCCUACCUGCGCCCUCCCUGCCACAGAUGCGCCCUCCCCCGAACAGGUGCGCCCCCUCCCCAACAGGUGUGUUCUCCCCCCAACAAGUGCUCCCUCCCCCCCCAGAUUCUCCACCUGGACUCCCAGCAGCUCCCAGCAGCCCCCUCCCCCCUUCCCCCCAUCCUUCUCCCCCCUGUUCCUCCAGGCCUGUCCCCCAUUCACCGACAUUCUCCAUCUGGACUCCCAGCAGCCCUGCAUCGCCCCUUACUCUGCCACUGCUGUCGUGCUGCGAGCUGAUGGACUCGCACAUGUGGGUGAGCUUUAUGCCUUUGGCAAGGACAUGAGUGCUUCUGCUGUGGUGGCGAGGCUUCGCUUGUCCUUGAGGCUCAAGCGCAAGUGGAGGCCGUUCGGGUGUUUUUGGAGCGGUUCAAAGUGGCAAGGCGUGGGCAUCAUGGCAGCAUCGCUGGCAGGGCGUUCCUUCUACCCCUCAGCUGCCUAUGCCACUCUCAAUGCCAAUGUGGAUGUCGGCCGCAUCAACGUUGUUGGCGCGGGGAAAGCGCCUCUCGAUGACUACUCUGGGCAUGAGACUGCAAAGAUGCGGUACGGCGACUACAUGUCGGCAACGAUGGACGAGGAGGGAAACGCGUGGGCGGCAGUGCAGUAUGUGGCGGGGCAACCGCGCACCGAGUGGAGCAACUGGGGCACCUUUGUCUUCAAAUGUGGAAGGCUGGGAAUGGGAUGUAUGGGCAGUGGGGCUGAUGGGUGGGGGCACUGGACAGUGAGGGGGGGUGAGGGCGAGGAGCUGGGGCGAUGCUUGAGGCAAGCAAGGAUGUGA